UAAAGAUACUCUGGGAAACUCCACUAGACCUCCGUACAACUCCGCUAAACCUACCGAUAUCCCUAGUAAAUAUCCAGACAAUAUUAAACCUACAGAUAUUCCUAGUAAAGAUACUCCGGUCGCAACCUCUACUAAUACUCCCACUAAUACUUUACCCACCACAACUCCGACCAAGAUUCCCGAAGAUAAACAAACAGAUCCCGCUGUUAUAUCAUCGAAUCCAGCACCAAUCCCAACCGAGAAUUCGAAAAUUGCACCAAAUGUCGCAGACAAUUCCCCGAAUGUGGUAAAUUCUGCUGCCGAUUCCUCACCAACUUCUAGUAGUUCGUUGCCAGGAACAACUUUCAGCAUAGCUCCAAUAGGUUUGACGAUAUUUAGUGUGAUAAUUUUAAUUGGUAUUGCGUUUGUUUUAUAUUCGAGAUAUAAAAAUAGUAAAUGGAAAAAACAAUUUCGUCAGAGGCAAGAGGUAGCUGAUUCAAAUAUUGCGAUUGGUAGUAAUGUUUAA